UGAGCUUCAGCUCCAGAGAGAAACAGCAGCAGAACCUGAGAGAACCUCUCCUCCACCACUGAUCUACUGAACGUGUAGAGUCUGAGUAAGGUGUGAGUAAGGUGUGAGUAAAGUCUGCUUCAGGAUGUGUACGGGAAAGUGCUCUCGCUUCGUGGCCGCCUCUCUCUACCCCCUGGCCUUCAUCUCCGUCCUCUGUAACAUCAUCCUCUUCUUCCCCGGCUGGAGCACCGAGUACGCCCGGGACGGGAACCUCACCGAGGAGGUGAAGUACAUGGGGGGUCUGAUCGGAGGAGGACUGAUGGUGUUAGCCCCCGCCCUCUUCAUUCACCUGACAGGAAAGCAGGGCUGCUGUGGGAACCGCUGUGGGAUGUUCCUGUCCAUCGCCUUCGCAGCGCUCGGUGUUGCUGGCGCCCUCUACAGCUUCGUAGUGGCAAUGUUAGGACUGGUGAACGGACCCUACUGCAAAGUCCUGCUGAUCUGGACCACACCUUUCAAAGACAGGUCUGAGAGUUAUCUGAAUGAUCGGAAUAGCUGGUCACUCUGCACGGCGCCGAAGAACGUGGUGGAGUUUAACGUGGGUCUGUUCUCCACGCUGCUGGUGACCAGCGGCCUGCAGCUCAUCCUGUGCGGCGCCCAGAUGAUCAACGGCCUGUUCGGCUGCCUCUGCGGAACCUGCAAAGAGAAGGGGCCCCUGUAAUAAGCCCCGCCCCCUGCGCUCCACAGCACAGAGAAACAGCGGCCUCUGGUGGACAGAUCCUGCUACUGACUGCAGUUCAGCACCUGGAUACAGGAAUCAGAUCUUUAAUUUCACUAAACACCAAAAAACACCUGAAUUAAUGCUCAAAUAAUAAUAAACUGACUUUAAUUUAGAGUAUUUUAAUCAUCAGCAUUAAAAACUCAGGUUAUUUCUAAUAUGAGACUCAUUAAAGUGCCGUUAUCUGAUCUGUAUUUUAUUAUUUACUGAAAGCUUUUGCUCUAUUUGUUCACUUUAUUACAGUAAUUUUAAAUAUAACAGCUACUUUUUCACAGGUUGUUUUUAUGUUGUAAAACUAAACACUUUAGAAGUUAAAUGUAGAUUUUAAAUCAGCAGGAUUUUAUUUUUUAAUUUCACAGUACUGAACUUUUGUAUAACGUUGCUUAAAAAUGAUUUACAUUUUAAAUAUUAAACAUUGUUCUAAAAGACAACAAAAGAGAGAAAUGUGUGUUUAUAUGUUUGAUAUGUUUGAUAUACCUGUAUAUGUUGUGAGGUGUUAUCCUGUGAUGGAGAGAGUGAGGUGGUAAUAAAAUAACUUGUAUCUCCAAGACAAUAAUAAUAGAGGUAAAUGUAAAAAGAUUUAAUUUCCAGAUAUUUUUGAGCGUUUCUAUUGGUCCAUUCAUCACCAAAUUCUGAUUCGCUUUAGAGAGAAAUGUAAAAAAAAAAUGGAGAUACAUGAUUUUUGCAUGAUGAGAAUAAAUGCUUUGCAAAGCUUUUACAAAAUUCUAGAAAUAAAACAAAAUAAAAUUUACAUAAAUAAACAGCUCUGGAAAAAUUAAAAAAAAUAUUUUAAGAAAUCACUUUUUUGGAUUGUACUAUUUAUGGAUAUAUUUUUGACUUGAAUUAAGAAAUUUGUUUUAUUGUAUAAAUAUUGUAUAAAUUACAGGCAAUUUCCCAAAUUCCAAAUAAAAAUAUUGUAAUUUAAAGCAUUUAUUUUAUUAUUUACAGAAAAUAAAAAAAUAUCAAAAUAAGGAAAAAAAUGCUUUAAUGCUUUCAGAUCUCAAAUAACAAUAAAAAACAAGUUUAGAUUCAUUUAGAAACAAUAAUAAUGUUUUUAAAAAGUUCAGAAAUCAAUAUUUGGUGGAAUAACCCUGAUUUUUUAAUCACCUCU